UAAACGAUGUCAGAUGAAGAUGUGGUGGACAAACAAGAUACUCUCAGUCUAGAUGAUGCGUUUGACGUGGAUAAGAGGGAAAUAUCCGCAUCAGAAGAAGAGGAAUACGAGCACAUUUCGGAUUUAAACCAUUUUGAAAUUUAUGGUUCAACACCACCAAGAACACGCAUAAAAAUUAAGAAUCGUAGUUGGGAUCGCAAACAGAAAAUGGACAACAACAACGUAAAAAUGCGAAGCGGUACUCGUGGACGUUUAGCAAGGUCGCGUGCUGAUCGUAGAAAUACCGUCGAUUGCGCAAUUCUUAAUCAAAUGAUAAUCGAGCCAAGUAUCGAUGAUAAGACAAGAAGUGAUAAAAGAUCAAUACAAAUUCAAAGAGAUUUUGAACGUGAUCAGAAAAUGGCAAAUGUUGGAAAUGCUCAUCGUCCGAUAGGACAAAGAAGUUCUUUGAAUAUGAACAGCUUCGAUGAUGCCCUUGAAGCUACAGAAGCUCUUCCAACUGCGCCAUUAGAACCUAAAUGCAUUGAAUCAGUGAGUCGAUUCAUGAGUGUAAAGUCAAGGCCAGUUGGUUGUCGCAUCUCAGCGCCGCCAGCGACCUUCGCUAUUUUAAUUCCAAAAAUGACAGCUUCAAGUGAGAGUACACCACAAACACGACGAGAAUUUCACGAAACAUUUUCAAAUUUAAUUAAACUUGGAUCGAAUGAUAAGCAAGAGAGAAACACGAGAAGUAUGAUUAUUUCCAAAGAAGAGCAGUUGUGGCAAACUGAAGUAAAAGAUAUGAUUUGGCUCGAGUUACAAGCUAACAUGGCAGAUCGUUCACUCGAACAACAGGACAAGUUUUUAUUCACAGCAAGACAAAGUAUUGGUGAACUUUUAAGGGAAAUUAUGAACUAUCGGUUUACGAGAAAGUUUCAUCGUCUUGACAGUGCAAGGACAAAUGACAGUGGAAUAUCAGGAAUGACAACAUCAAGUGACAAUCCUAUAUCAAAUCAAUCUAAUGGCUUCUGCUUUGGAUGUUUAUCAAUGUAUUGUCCUGAUUGCCUGGAAGCGCAAACCACUGCAUUACGUCAAGUUGAAAGUUUACUCACGAGAUUAGAAGCUGCUGAAGAUUUAUUUCCAUCAAAUAAGGCAAUGGGAGCACAUUUUCCACUUUAUAAUUCUCAAGAGUUUAUCAAUCGAUUGAAGACGAUGUGUUUGUGGUACAAUCUUACACGACAUCAUCGAUUAAAGUUGAUGAUAUUGGGAAAGAUUCUCGCGAGACUUCAAGGAAAAGAAUACAAAUGGCCUUUAGUUGAGUCAGACACCAGCAGUGGCUCAUCAUCGAUACAAGAACCUGAAGCCGAUUCAGCAAAAGGAUCAUCAAAUGAAUUUAAAUUACCAAAAGUUCAAUUCUUGAACAUCGAUGAAACUGAUCAAAUUGCAAGUGCAACUGACAGUGCAAACAGUGACGAAUCAUUGAAGGCUCAAAAUUAUAAUAAUCAAAUCGGCGAAUAUGGACGUUUGAUAAGUUCAUUAAAUUCGUGGACAAAACUUGAUUCACUUGAAAGCAUUCCGAGUAAGUUACCAACAUCACCAUACAGAAAAUUCAUUGAAAAUGUCUUAAAGUCACGAGGUCUUGGAAAAUCUUUAUCAUUUCUUCAUCGUUUGCAUAAUGUUGUGCUGCGAAAAGCCCACAUUGCUCUUGAGAAGCCGGGAUGUGAAGAACAGGAACAAGUUGUGUCUGAAGAUGAUCCAAUUUCGAUAAUUGAGACACCAAUUGAUCCGGAAGAAGUUGAAGAACUUCGACGUUAUGGAAUUUGGAGUGAGGAAUUCUUACAGCUUGCUUUACCGUCAUACAUAUCAGCAUUUCUUUUCUUAUCGAUGAUACCACUUGAAGUUGUACAUGAAUUCUUAAAAAUGAAAAUUGAAACUAAGCCAGUUCAACCGAAUCCAUUGAGUUUGGAGCAAUUAAUUAAGGAAUUAAAAGAAGGUCUGACGCUUGCUCUGAUUCAUCGUGACAGAUUUAUGAAGCACAUCACGGCCGCACUUGUUGAUCGAGAUCAAGAAUCUGAGAAGUAUAUGCCGGUGAUUGAUGAGUUUGAUGGGACAUUGAAACAAAUAUUUGAGAUAUAUUUGGAGUAUGUUGAACAGUGGAUCCUGACUGGUGUUCCUGACUCACAUCGUAAAACGGCAAUGGAAGAUGAAUGGAAAUUCACGAAACUCACAUGUCCGAUGAUUAAUGGUGAACAUGCUGUCGCUGCUAAGAAGUUCUGUGAGAUCAUUCAGAAGCUUUUAGAAGCAAUCGGCGGACGAUUAACAGAGAAAGUCAAUGAAAUGGAAAAAUUUUCCAUUGAUAUUCCUGAUGAAAGUGCAAAUAAUUUAACGAAUGGUGACAAAACUGAUGACGAUGAUGAAGAAGAAGAUGCGUCAACAAUUUGGAAGAAUAAAUUAUUGACAAUGUGCCGAGAGAUUCAACAAAUUUUUACAAGCGAACGUGAAAAGUGCACUAAACUGAUGUCAUUUACGAAAGUGCUUUUCAAAGAUAUUGAAAAAGACGAUUUUCAUCGAGAUCACAACACAUUAGAUGAGAGUUCCGUUUGUCUUCGUCAUAGUUCGUGCAUGUGUCCAGAAGUCUUAGAAACGAUCAACACAUUGAAAGCAAAAACUCUUGAACUUCGUGGGAAACUUACAAGCACAUUGCAAAAGGUUCAAGAACGAAGUGAAGCGAAAUAUUUGAUAGAAAUGGAUGAAAUUGAUCGUCAAACAGUUCUUACAAGAUGUCGUGAAAUUUUACAUGUUGGAUAUCGUUUUGGAUUUGAAUAUCAUAAACAUUUAUCAGCGUUGUUUGAGACAACGCCAACAGCACAAAGAAGUUCGUUUUGUGAUCAAGGAUUAGCCAAAGCGAUUGUUGGCUUUGCACGUUGUUGGAUGCAAUUUGUGAUGGGGAGAUGUGAGAGAGGUCGUGGAUUGAGACCACGAUGGGCAGCUACUGGCCUUGAUUUUCUUAUAAUUGCCUGUGAUCCACACAACACUGAACAAAUCAAUGAAAAGGAAUUCGAAGAAUUAAAAUCAGCAAUGGAUAAAUGCAUAUCACAUGUAAUCGGAAGUAUCAAUGAACCAGAACGUGUUAGAAAAUCUCCCAGAUCAAGAAAAUCAUCACCAGCACCCUCAAGAAAGAGAACACCAACAAGAUCUUCAGUUUCUUACACACCAACGACACAAAAAAUUCUUCAACAGCAAAUGAGUCUUCAAGUUGAACGAAGUCGUCUCUCACCUAGUCCCGAUCCUCGUGAUUUUCCUGCAGAAUUUUUAAGAAAACAAACGUCAUAUGAUAAUGUCAGUGACAUCAGUAUCAAAGUUCCACAAAGCCCACCAUGCUACACACCCGAACUAAGGCAAACUGGAACAAUCAAAAAAGUUGCAGAAGAGUUGAAAAUAUUUGAAGGAAUUCAUCAUCGACAUCUUGUUAAAUAUUAUGGGGUUGAGAUUCAUCGUGAAGAACUUCUUAUUUUUAUGGAACUUUGUGCUGAAGGAACACUCGAAUCACUUUGUGAAAUUUCCGGUGGACUUCAUGAAGGAUUAGUUAGAAGAUACACAACACAGUUGCUUUCGGGUGUUGAAGAACUUCAUAAGAAUGGCGUCGUUCAUCGUGAUAUCAAAUGUGCUAAUGUUUUCCUCACAAAUGAAGGGAAUUGCUUGAAGCUUGGUGAUUUUGGUUCGGCUGUUAAGAUUAAAUUUCAUACCACAAUGCCUGGAGAAUUGAAAGGAUAUGUUGGUACUCAAGCUUACAUGGCACCAGAAGUUUUUACGAAAACAAACACAGAGGGACAUGGAAGGGCAGCUGACAUUUGGUCUGUUGGUUGUUGUGUCAUAGAAAUGGCUUCAGGAAAACGUCCUUGGUAUCAAUUUGAUUCCAAUUUUCAAAUUAUGUUUAAAGUGGGAAUGGGAGAAUCACCCGAAAUUCCAUCAACUUUAUCAGAAGAAGGAAUUGAUUUUGUUGAAUGUUGUUUGUUCCAUGAUCCAAAGGAAAGGUGGACGGCAACAGAACUUCUUCAACAUCAUAACUUCUGCAAGGUUGUCAUUGGGGAUGAGUGUGAUUGCGAUGACAAUAAAUCAGCGCUUAAAAAGGAUCAGAAAACGAUUUUGAACUAAAUUUAACUAAAAUGGUAAAUUUUAAAACUUAUGUGACUUAUGUACAUUAAUUGUAUUGGUGCAUUUAAUCUUUAAGUAAAAAAAGGAAGUUAAUUUUUUAAAAAAUGUUUCCAAUGUAGACAGAGAACAACUAACAAAUCAAUGAGAUUUGUACUUUUGUUUCGUAGUUUUUCAUGUUUAUUUAUGUUGCUUUAAUAAGUUAUGUUUUCAAUUAUGAAUAAAAUUAUUUAAAUAUAGAUUAUUGUUGGCGAUAAACAAAAUAAAAGAAAAAGUUAUUGGACAAUGUA